GCUUGUUCUGUUGCUGAGUUGAACGGACUGUGUGCAGGUCAGAGGGAGAUGGACAGCUGUGUGGCUCUCAUUCUACUGUCCUCCACAAUCUCACUCACCACAGCUGUCACUGUGAGGUUGGUGGAUGGUGGCAGUCGCUGUGCUGGGAGAGUGGAGGUUCUUCAUGAUGAUCAGUGGGGAACAGUGUGUAGUUAUAACUGGGAUGUGAGACAUGCUGCAGUGGUGUGUAGAGAGCUGGGCUGUGGAGAGGCUGUAGAUGUACUGAGUGAUGCUUACUUUGGACCAGGAUCAGGACCAAUCUGGAUGGAUGAUGUGGACUGUAAUGGAUCAGAGUCCACACUGAAGAGCUGUAGAUCAUCAGAUUGGGGUGAACAUGACUGUAAUCAUAAUGAAGAUGCUGGAGUCAUUUGUUCAGGUAAUCUUUGCAUCAGGCUGGUUGGUGGUUCUCGCUGCUCUGGGAGAGUGGAGGUGCUUCAUGGAGAGAUCUGGUCCACAGUGUGUGAUGCUGACUUUGACCAGCAGGAUGCAGAGGUUGUGUGUCGAGAGCUGGGCUGUGGGCUUCCUGUGGAGGUGCUGGGAGCAGCUGCUUUUGGUAGAGGGGAGGGUCAGGUGUGGUCAGAGGAGCUUCAGUGUAGAGGCAACGAAUCUCAGAUUCACUUCUGUCCAACAUCAUCUUCGCUCAAACACAACUGCACCCAUGACAGGGAUGUUGGACUGGUGUGCGCUGGUCACACUCAGGCUCAACUGGUGAACAGCUCUGACUCCUGUUCUGGUCGAGUGGAGCUCCAGUACCUCAGUGAGCGGGGCACAGUGUGUGAUGUAAGCUGGGAUAUGAGAGCUGCCAGUGUCCUCUGUGGUCAGCUGAACUGUGGGAGUGCUGUGGCUGUGUUGGGGUCAGACUGGUUUGGGGAGGGGAGUGGCCAGAUCUGGGCUGAUGUGUUUGAUUGUCAGGGGAACGAAACACAUCUGUCAAAAUGUCCCAUUUCAUCAUGGAGUCGAACUGCAUGCUCUCAUAAACAGGAUGCUGGAGUCAUCUGCAGUGAUUCCUCUCUGGCGUUACAUGAGGGACGAGUGCGGUUGUCUGGAGGGAUGGAGUGUGAGGGGGAGGUGGAGGUGUACUUUGGGCAGGACUGGAGGAGAGUUCUGCUGGACUCCUGGAGUGAGUCUGAGGCCUCUGUGUUCUGCAGACAGCUGGGCUGUGGCUCUAUGUUCAGCUUCUCCAGCUCCUCUACAUCCAGUCCUGAACACAGUCACAUGUGUGUGAUGGGUUUCAAUUGUUCUGGGAGUGAAGCUCAUCUGGGGACCUGCAGCAGUGCACAAGCAGUCAGCUGCAGCUCCAGAGAACAGCUCUCAAUCACCUGCUCUGGUAAGUUUAAUUCAGCUCACAGCUCCAUCAGGCUGGUUGGUUCUGGGGGAGACUGUGCAGGAAGGCUGGAGGUUUUCCACAGUGGCUCAUGGGGGACAGUGUGUGAUGACUUGUGGGAUAUUGAGGAUGCGCAGGUGGUGUGCAGACAGCUGCAGUGUGGAGUGGAUCUCAGUGCUCCGGUACCUGCACGUUUUGGACCUGGAACUGGACCCAUAUGGCUGAAUGAGGUGGAGUGCAAGGGGAGCGAGGCAUCCUUGUGGAGCUGCAAGUUUCAACUAUGUGAAGAGGACGAAUGUGGACACAAAGAAGACGUAGGGGUUGUGUGUUCAGAGUUUAAAGAGAUCAGACUCACUGAGGGCUAUGAGGGGAAUCUGGAAGUGUUCUACAAUGGAACCUGGGGUAAUGUGUGUGUAAAUGGGAUGGAUGAAGAAACAGCCAGUUUGAUCUGUCAAGAGCUGAACUGUGGAAGAUCUGGCAGUGAGUUCUGGGCCAAAGCAAGAGUGGAAUCAGCUCCUAACUGGCUGGAUGAUCUGAAAUGUAGGAAACAUGACUCCACUCUGUGGCAGUGUCCAUCUUCCCCCUGGAAACAGAACUACUGUAAUAAAAACAAUGAGGUGGCUCACAUUACCUGCUCAAAAGUUGAAAAUGAUCAUCUGUUACGAAGCCAUCAGAAAUGCUUCUCAUCCCCUCAUCACAGGAAGUGCUCAAAUCACGUCCCUCUCAGGCUGAGGGGAGGAAAGGGAAGUUGCUCUGGGAGACUGGAGGUGUAUCAUAACACUGAGUGGGGCUCUGUCUGUGAUGAUCUCUGGGACAUCAGGGAUGCUCAGGUUGUCUGCAGGCAGCUGGGCUGUGGGCCGGCGCUGAGUGCUGAUGGGAGUGCUGUCUUUGGUGCUGGUGUAGGGUCUAUCUGGCUGAACAGAGUGAAGUGUAGAGGGAAUGAGAUUCACCUGUGGGACUGUCCUCAUUCCCUGAAGGAACACACUGACUGCUCCCACAGGCAGGAUGCUGGAGUCACCUGUGCAGGCAUAUCUGUGCUUUCAACUGCUAUACCCAUAACAACAACCACUCCUCCAGAAAGUGUUCCACCAGUUGUUCCAUCUAUCUAUCCAGUGUCUCUCCUGGUUCUGGGAGUGGUUCUCUUCCUGGCCUUAGUGCUUCUGAUUGUGCUGUUUUACCAGUACAGAGUGCUCAGUAGAGGACUCUCUAAGAGGAGGCGUAAGACUCUGACUGAGGCAGUCUAUGAGGAGAUUGACUGCAGAUCCAUCACUAAAAGAAAUGACUUGAUUCACAAAGGACGUGUCCUCUCUGAAGAACAGCAUUCAGGAUUUGAGACUGUGGAUGAGCAGCUUCUCUCAGGUGAAUCAGCAAAAAAGGACACAGCAGAGAGCUAUGAUGACGUCAUCACUGCUGGGCAGAUCUCUGAUAGUGUAGCAGAGGACGUAGCAGAGAAUUAUGAUGAUGUCAUCACUGCUGAUCGGAACCCAGCUUUUGUAACAGAAGACAUAACAGAUAUCUAUGAUGAUGCUGUUACCACUGAACCAAACUCCAACAUUAUGACAGCAUUGGACACACCAGAGAACUAUGAUGAUGUCAUCACUUCUGUAUGUAGGAGAGGUAAAAGAUUAUGAUGUCAUGGAGGAGAAGCAUCAGACAGAG